ACUCACUGCUCACGCGUCCAUGUGUAGCUACAUAGUUAUCUAUGUACAUCCACACUCGGGCAUUUUCCUCCUGCUUAAUGAGGACUUGACUCGGGAGCGAGUGUGAAUCAUUGCCGGGCUGGGAAAGGAGGAAGGCGGAUUUAACCCCCUCCCACCCCGCUCCAUGUCCGUGUGUCACUCGGCUCGGUCCACCUGGCGCGGCAGGUCCUGGAGCUGCUGCUGCUGCUGCUGCUGACGACGACGACGACGACGACGGGGGCUGCUGCUGCCGUCCCGGGAGUUCCCUCCGGCUCCGGCCACACUGCUUCUGGGGGUUGUUCCUCUUCGCACAGAACCUCGGCCCGGCGGCACUUUGACUCCGAAAUAACUUAUUAUUUUCGUUAAGGUUGAUUUCUGUGGCUUGAAGACUUCUGCUCUUUUUUGUUUGUUGUUGUUGUUGUAUUUUUUUGCGUACACAUCUGGGUAUAUAUCAACCGGCAAGAUGUCCAGUAAUGUCCCGGCGGAUAUGAUAAAUUUGCGCCUCAUCUUGGUAAGCGGGAAAACAAAAGAGUUCCUGUUUUCUCCUAAUGAUUCUGCUUCUGACAUUGCAAAGCAUGUGUAUGACAACUGGCCAAUGGACUGGGAAGAAGAGCAGGUCAGCAGUCCAAACAUUCUACGACUUAUUUAUCAAGGAAGAUUUCUGCAUGGAAAUGUCACAUUAGGAGCGUUAAAACUUCCUUUUGGCAAAACAACAGUGAUGCAUUUGGUGGCCAGAGAGACACUGCCGGAGCCAAACUCGCAAGGUCAGAGGAAUCGGGAAAAGACUGGAGAGAGUAAUUGUUGUGUAAUCCUGUAAACACUGUUUGCUAAGUGAUGUGAUGUAGUUUUUGUCUUUCAUGCUGCUGGCACAGAAGAGACCCAACAUUACUUCAGAAACCUUUAGGAAGAGUCUGCCUGUAAAUCCACGGAACUGAAUUAUCACAUGAACUCUGUCGUCUUUUCUCAUGAAAGUAAAAAGAACCGAGCAUUUUUCACUAUGAUUUUUUAUUUCUAGUAUUUUUGUUUAUGUUGAGCAGUUUUAAAAUGUAUUGGUUUUUGAAUGCAGUCAAUCUCCAGGGGAAAAGUUAACAAGUUAUCUUUCAUAGCAGAAACCAUUUUGCUGCCACAAAAAUUUUCAUCACCAGGACCAACAAAUAAGGUGUUCCAAAUACAGUUUGCACUAAAAAAGAUUGACAUUAUUUUCUUCAUCAGCAGAAUUUAUAACAUGGUUUAUGGUACCUAGAAAUACUCAUAUAUACUAUUCCACACUGGAAAACACUUAGCAAUUAAUGAAGUCAAUUACUGGGCCAAAUGGAGAGGAAAAAAUGGAAAAGAAACUAAAAUGUUGGGUGAAUUCUACCAAAGUCAGCCAUGGUGGCUGCACUGGCACAGAAUACUAAACUGAGUGUGACCAUUUUCCCUGCAACAAAUGAAAAAAGAAAAUGUGCCUGUUGUUUAAAACACUCAGUAGAGGGCUGAUGAAACGAAUUGUUUUUCCUUUAACACGUGCACUCUCGAGUCUGCAGUAACUGAGUGCUUGUCACACAGCACAAGGGAUGAGAGUGCGUUUCCUAGCCUUAAUAUGGGAGGGGUCAAUUCCAGUCACUCAUAGACUUCCAUUAUUCUGCAGAAAUAUUAGAAAACCUCAUUUACUGAUCAAGGUUAUGUAUUUGAAUAUCAGCAAGUUGAAUUUUUUCAUAAUUAUUGCUCAUUGGUAACUGUGUCCAGUGUCACGUUUACUCAUUAGAGUUCAGAUGAAUUCUUAAAAUUAAAAAAUUUCCAUAGUAACUAAUUUUGUUUCUUUAUGUAGUUUGCAUUUGGUAUUAGUGCUUGCAAUUGUAUUAAAAUCAAAAGCUGAUUUUUGAAGGCAUACACGAUUAAGGAUGCCAUUCUUUUGUUUUGUACCAAUAAUUUAAAAAUUGAUAUGCUAAAACAAUUUGCACAGCACUAUAGCAUGACCUAGUUUCAUCUAAACCUGUAAAAAUAUAAAAGAUUUUAUAUUUUUUCACUGGGAAGAAAUUCUUCCUGGAUGAAAUUACAAAUAUGUGUAGAAUAUAUUUAAUAAAAAACUUAUAAAAUACCUAACUGUAGAACUUUAAAAUAUAGAUUGGCGUAUAGUAUAUAGAACAAUAUUCCAUAUAAAUACCUUUAGCCUUUAUAAAAAUGAAGUUGCAGGCUGACGUUAUGUUCUGUACUUUAAUAAGCGUCCAUGGCCCUUACAAACGUUAAGUGUAAAUGGUUUCAAAUGGUCAGCUUUGUUUAAGGUAAUCAGAUUAUUUUAUUCGUUGUUAAUGCUUUGAUGAAAAGGCUUUAUAUGCAGUAGAUCUACGAAAAUAUUGUUCAUACUGAUCAGAAUUAAAUUUGUAUAGAGCAGAGUUUUAAAAUGAAUGUAAAUAGCACUAAACAUUUUCUUUCUGCAACCUGUACUUAUAGAUUCUUUCUGGAAACAAAAUUAAAAAAACAUCGUAGUGCAUUUCGGCGGUAAUUUUAAAGGUCUUGAUUAGGUCGAUAAUUGUUUAAGACUGUCUUAUCCAUGUUAAAAUUGUUUUAUACUUUUAUUUCUGAAUCUUUUAAAAAUUUGUUUAAUUAACAUUCUAUUGUUAGUUUCGGGAGUAUUCACAAUGUCUCUUUGAUAUUUAACCUGGUUAAUUUGUGCACAGUGAUAACAAUGAAUAGAAUUAUGUAGUCUCUGUUAUCACUAAAAUGUUAUAUUCAAGAGAUGUUAAAUAUUUAUAUGCUUUGUUGACUAGCUCAAAUGUGAAUUCUGUUAGUGUUGACUAAAGAAGAAUCUGGUAGUUACUCAAUUGGACAAUUAAGCCAUUUAUGGCUCUAUUCUUCUUUUGUAAAGCACAUUACUGGUAAUUAUUUCUAAUACCUAUUUUAAUUCUAAUUACUCUUCUGUCUUUCCAAAGUUAAAAUUAUCAGUUAAUUAUGAUUGAAUUUUUAUGGUAGUUAAAAAUAUUCUCUAUUGGUUUUCAAUAUGUUUUUCUGUGUGUUCUCACAUUAUAAAUUUCCCUUUCACAAGACCUCAAUUUAGAGUUUGCAAAAUGGAUAAACUGGUUCAUUAGUAGAGAAAGAAUUGUCAUUUAAUACCUAAUAUCAUUGUUAUACAACAUGAAAAAAAGAAUAAAAAGUAGCAGUAAAAUUAUAUACUGAAAACACCAAAAAUUUAGAUGCCUUAAUAGUAUAUAUGUGAAAAUACUCAACUAUCCCUUUUAAAAUAGUUCCUUGGACUGCCCGGUGGUUAAAAUAUGGUUGAUCAGAUCCAAGGCUACUAGUGAAGAUCCCUCUGCCAGCAGUCACAGCUCCCUCACCACAGGAAGCUGCCUGGAUCCAGCACCGGGAGUAAAGCCUGAGUCACGGGCCUGUGACCCUGCCUGGCGCUUGGUGUCCAGCUCACCUCUUUUAUCUAAAUUAUCCUAGACUUUGUUAAGUGUUCUGGACAAGGCAAAGCUUUUCUUCUUUAUUAAAAGCUCAGCAUGUCUCCUUGACCUGAAUUAUUUGCUUUCUCUUCAAGAUAAGUUGUAUCUCAUCCUGUCGUGAAAAAUAUAGUAUCUAACGUCGUCAUUCACAUUAAAUGAGUUUUUCUCGUAACAUUUAUCCUUAGUUUUAUGUCAUCUUGACCAAUGUUACAGUAAUUUCUGUUAGCUGAUUGUGGUAAACAAUGUUUAAUGUGAAAAGAAAUUAAAACUUUCUUCGUCUGUUGUA